GGUACCGGGGAUUGGGGACGAACCUUCCUUGGCGCCAACCGACGACCCCACGAGGAAAACAGCAUGCAGGGGGGAGAGGGAGAGAUGGAUAUUUAAAGACCUUUCCGGCUCCUUGGAGGCUUGAGCCCCAUCUCCUGCUCACAAGAAAAACGCCACCGAGUUGCACAAGCCAAAGAAACAAAGAAGAAGAGCAGCAGAAGGAGGAGAGAAUGAUGGGGAGGAGAAGAGAUGCCGAGACGGAGCUCAACCUGCCGCCGGGUUUCCGAUUCCAUCCCACCGACGAGGAGCUCAUCGUCCAUUACCUCCGCCGCAAGGUCGCUUGCCAAUGUCUCCCCGUUCCCAUCAUCGCCGAGGUCGAUCUCUACAAGUACGACCCUUGGGAUCUCCCAGAGAAGGCAUUGUUUGGACAGAGGGAGUGGUAUUUCUUCACGUCGCGCGACAGGAAAUACCCGAACGGGUCGAGGCCUAACCGGGCCGCCGGAAGGGGAUACUGGAAGGCAACAGGGGCCGAUAAGCCGGUCUCGCCGCCGGGGAGCAGUCGGCCUCUUGGGAUAAAGAAGUCUUUGGUGUUCUACCAUGGAAAGGGGCUGAAAGGAGUCAAGACUGAUUGGAUUAUGCAUGAGUACCGGCUCGCAGACACCAACCGAGCCGCCAGCAAGAAGAAUAGUCUUAGAUUGGAUGACUGGGUACUUUGUCGAUUGUACAACAAGAAGAACAGCUGGGAGAAGACACAGCGACAAAAGGAGAAGGGAACCCCUGAAGAGAUGACAGAUUCGAUGGAGGCAUCGGAAAGUUUCAGGACUACUCCAGAAUCAGACAUUGAGACUGAGUUGUUCCCGGACUUUGACAGUCUGGAUUGGGCUGGAGGUCAGCUACGUCAAGCUUUCGAUAAUGGAGUUGACGCAAUGAGAACCAGCAACACUGGUAGCUUUCAGAUGAUAGAACGUCAGAAAGAGGAUAGCGAUUGGUUUAGCGGCUUGUAUCUAGAUGAUUUGCAGAGCUCUUCAGCAGCAUUUGGAGCGACGCCUGCUAUCGAUAUGUGGAACCAGGAGUACUACUUCCCGACCAUCAGUUCUCCGUAUCUGAAGCCGAGCCAAACCAGCAUGCCACACUUCUAAUAUUAGGAGGUUUUCAGGGAAACCAUGAGUCCUAAUCUCGGUGCCAGAUAGAUCUGUAUCAAUAUCUUAUACUAAAUAGUAUAGUACAAUACGGUAUGUUUUUUAACCAAAAUAGUUCUCUAACUAUUUUUUUUCAAUUUUUAUCUCAAUAUACACUUUAAUAUAGAUCGGUACAUCUCGAUAUAGGACAGUAUGAGAUUUGUACCAAUUCGAAACUAAGUUUCGUAUCAGUUUUCUCUCGAUAUGGUAUGGUACGUUCUGUACCAAGUAGUAUAGCAGACCAUGAUGAAAACUAUUGUAUAUAGAGCAGGGCGGCUGAGCAUCCUAUCGUGCAGGAGGAUGAACACUGUAGCAAGUUUCUCACAUAUUAUAAUGUAAGAUUCAUUUGUUUUUCUAUAUUUUUGUUUUCUCUCGCACAUUUAAACAGUUAUCAUUUGUUUUGAAACGGGAAAAGUUGGUCGGUGUAUACAUGUACAUAUGAAAACAAGACUUUAGUUGUGGAAGUAAAU